AUGCCGAAGAACAAAGGUAAAGGAGGAAAGAAUCGAAAGAGGGGAAAGAACGAAGCCGACGACGAGAAGAGAGAAUUAGUAUUCAAAGAAGAUGGACAAGAAUAUGCACAAGUAUUGCGAAUGCUUGGGAAUGGAAGAUGUGAAGCCAUGGGGAUCGAUGGUACGAAAAGGUUGUGUCAUAUCCGAGGUAAGUUACAUAAAAAAAUCUGGGCGGCUGCUCCGAACAAAAUAUUAAUUGGUUUAAGAGAUUAUCAAGAUGAUAAAGCUGAUAUUAUAUUGAAAUAUAAUAGUGAUGAAUCUAGAUUAUUAAAAGCUUAUGGUGAAUUACCUGAUAAUACUAAGAUCAACGAUUGA